UGCACCUUGCUCUUUUUGCGAAGUAUCAGAUCUGCUUGCGUAGAGCCUUCGGCGUACAAUCGUCGCGAGGGCUGCCAUGAUUGGAACACAUUUGUGAUAUCAUGCUCACUGGCAUAACAGCCCGCGCAGGUCCAGACUUUUUGUAACCUGGGAUGGGUGGUACUGUAACAUGCAGGCGUGAGAAAUCCAAGUUGCCUAUGUCGACUCGUCUGCCGCUAGGAAACUAUCCUGAAGUUCCGUCAAGAGGUUGCGCUUAUGCACCUGACUGUGUCUGUCCAGCUUCGUCGAUCUGGAGACCGUGGCUUGAUUCUUGUUAGCUAGAUCAGGGACAAGGCCAUGGCUACAUUCGACAAGCCCCUAGAGCCAGCAGCAUGGCCAAGACAACCAUGGCGAUCGAGCU